AUGAGUCAUCCGGGAGAUAAUAACACUGCUUCCGCCACACCGUCGGAUUGCGUGGCUUGCGAACGUCCGGACAGCAGCGAGAACAUGGUAGCCUGUGAUACAUGUGGGUCCUGGUACCACUUCAGCUGUGCAAAAGUCGACGGAAGUGUUUCCAACGUACCGUGGAAGUGUACAUCAUGUGGAAUAUCGAACCGGACACCGAUUGCGACGAAGGAAAUCCGCAAGACUGACGGAAAGAAAGGUGGAAAGCGGCUCACGGUCCCAACCGGUGCAGAGCAGUCGUCGAAGACGUCCGUCAGCACCAAGGGCACCUCUCGGAAAAGUAAGCAGCCUGUUUCUGGAGAUAACGUAAGUUCUACAUCUAGUGCCAGGGCUAGGCUCGCAUUCGAGCUGAAGAUGAUUGAGGAACAGGGCCGAAUCAAGGAACAGGAGUUGCAGGCUGAGCUAGAAAUGAAAAAUAAAAAGUUGAUACUGGAGAGGAAGAACAGGGAUCUCGAGUUAGCUUUAGAAGCCAAAAAGUUAGCUGAAGAGAAGGCUUUUCAGGAAAAGCAGUUAGAAGAAGAAGAAAAAAGUCGUAAAGCGCUCCUAGAGAUGAAACGGUUGUCACUCGAGGCGAAAAAGAGCAUCGUUCGGCAAUUUUCGCAACGCGGUAGCGAAGUUUCCAGCUUGAGUGAAAGUGAUGUGCCAAAUUCGGAGGAAAAAGUACGAGGUUGGUUGCAGAAAUCCGGCGAGCAGACAGAGGGAAACUUGAAAUCCACGUCAGCAGCAAGAGAUACCCGCAAAGUUCCGGAGAAUCCCGGAAAGGAAAUGUUCAGCAAUCUUCGUAAUCCAGUUCCCGGCACAUCAAGGACAGGCAACUACCGGUUCAUUGAGGGACCGAACGAAGCAGAUGAGGACGAGGAUGAGGAGGAUGGAGCCUGCAGUUUUCAUUCACGAGAAAUAAGGGGAAACACGGUUCGUGGUAGAGGCAAUGGUGCUGCUCAUCAUCAAGAUCUAGAUGGCCCAACAAGUCGUCAGCUAGCAGCACGGCAAGUCAUGGGGAAGGAUUUACCAACGUUUUCCGGGAAUCCAGAGGAGUGGCCGAUCUGGAUAAGCAACUUCCAGCGAUCAACAGAUACGUGCGGAUUCUCUAUGGAUGAGAAUAUGAUCCGACUUCAGCGCUGCCUCAAGGGACCGGCAAUGGAGAUGGUACGAUGCAGACUACUAUCCCCUUUAAGUGUUCCACACGUCAUUAAGGCAUUGCAGAUGCAGUACGGUCGACCCGAAACUCUGAUAAGAGCACUUACCGAAAAGAUUCGACAACUUCCUCCUCCAAAGAUGGAUAAUUUGGAGAGCAUCGUCGACUUCGGUAUGGCGGUGGAUAGUUUGGUAGAACAUUUGAAGAAUGCGAAACAACAGGCGCACUUGGCAAACCCGUCAUUGUUGCACGACCUGGUUGCGAAGCUUCCCGUGGAUUACCGUUUGAAGUGGUCAGCAUUUAAGAGUUCCAGUCCGUUAGUUAACCUCGGAACGUUCGGAUCAUUCAUGUCGUCACUGGUGGAGUUGGCGUAUGAUGUGAUGGAUGACCAACCGAUUGUGAAGAUAACGAAAGGAGUUUAUCAAAAGCCCAAAGACCGGAGUUUCAUACACGCACAUGCUGAAAAUGUUUCGGCUGGGUCUACUUCCUCUUACAAUGGUUCUACUACUCCAACCAGCCCCGUGAAGAAGGUCUGUGGUGCCUGCAAGAAGGAAGGGCACAAGGUGACGGAUUGCUACAAGUUUAAGGCCAUGAAUAUCGACGAGCGUCUCAAAUUCGUCAGUCAGAACGUGCUCUGUAGGACCUGCCUAAAUCAACUCGGCAAAUGGCCUUGCAAAACAUGGAAAGGAUGCGGAAUAGAAGGUUGCCGUCUUCGUCAUCACACGCUCUUGCAUUCUGCCACACCAGCGGUCCCAGCGGUAGUGUCCACGAGUCAUUUGAAACUCCAAAGUGGAGGGGGUCCAGUCUUCCGAAUUUUACCGGUGACGCUGUAUGGAAAACAAAGUCAGGUGAAUGUGUUCGCGUUUGUGGAUGAAGGCUCGCAGAUUUCUCUGUUGGAUGUUGCAGUGGCUGAACAGCUAGGAGUAACGGGUCCUACUGGGACACUUAAUCUACAGUGGACGGGAAAUAUUACUCGUGAAGAGCCGAACUCGCGUAUCAUUCAGAUGGAGAUCUCCGGGAAGUAUUCGGCUAAACACUUCAAGCUUGUGGACGCGCGUACGGUAGAAGGUCUCCGGCUGCCAUCACAAUCCUUGCGCUACCGGGAUCUAGUGGAAAUGUAUCCGUAUCUUCGAGGUUUGCCAAUUACCGACUACGAAAAUGUGACACCAAAACUUCUAAUUGGUCUUGACAACUUGAAACUCACGAUUCCACUCAAAGUUCGAGAAGGAGGUUGGGGUCAACCGAUGGCAGCAAAAUGCCGUCUAGGCUGGAGCAUCUACGGCUGUUCACGUUUCGCGACGGAAUCAUUCAGCUGUGGGUUUCAUGUUGGAGGAUGGACCAAUUCGGAAGGUGAUUUGAACCAACUCGUUCGGGACUACAUAACACUGGACAAUUCUGGUGUGCGACCUCCGCUCACACCUAUAGAAUCCGAGGAACAUAAACGGGCUCGACAGCUGCUCCAGGUCACGACUCGUAGAGUUGGAAAACGAUUUGAGACCGGCCUGCUAUGGAAGUGGGACAAUGUUCAAUUUCCGGAUAGCUACGGGAUGGCGCUUCGUCGGUUACGCUCUUUGGAGAAACGACUCACCAAGGAACCACAACUGUAUGAAUGUGUCCGUCAACAGAUGCGGGAGUAUCAGGAGAAGGGAUACUCGCAUCGGGCUACCGAGGAGGAACUCGCCAACACCAGCACAGGUAAGAGUUGGUACCUGCCCCUGGGAGUAGUCCUAAAUCCUAAAAAGCCAAACAAGGUUCGGAUUAUUUGGGACGCCGCAGCAAAGGUUAACGGAGUAUCGCUCAACUCAGCACUUCUGAAGGGUCCCGAUUACCUCGCCUCGCUAGUUGAAGUUUUCUACCACUUCCGUCUCUACACUAUCGCGCUGACGGGAGACAUCAAAGAGAUGUUUCAUCGCUUGUUUAUCAGGCAGGAGGACCGCCAAUAUUUGCGUUUUCUAUGGCGGGAUUCCGCAAAGUCAGAAGUAGAAAUCUACGUUAUGAACGUUGCAAUAUUCGGAGCAACGUGUUCCCCAAGCUCUGCGCAAUUCGUCAAAAAUGUGAACGCACAGGAGUUUCAGAGUGUAUCUUCCCGGGCAGUGAAAGCAAUUGUUCGAUAUCAUUACGUUGAUGAUUAUCUCGAUAGUUUUCCGACGACAGAAGAAGCAGUGCAGGUGGGAGGUGAAGUUCGGUGGAUACAUGCGGAAGGGGGAUUCGAAAUUCGGAACUUUCUUUCGAACGAUCCAGUUGUUGCAGCGAAGGUUGGAGCAACAUCCAGUGAAACCGUGAAAACGAUCAAGCCGGAGAAAGUGGACAACGUGGAAUCUGUUCUUGGUAUGAAGUGGAUCCCGACCGGAGACGAACUCACCUACAGCUUCGUAGUACGCGCCGACAUGGAACAUGUGCUAGAGAUAAACCACACGCCAACAAAACGAGAAGUGCUACGCGUGGUGAUGAGCUUGUUUGAUCCACUAGGAUUAAUCAGUCAUUUCGUGAUUCACGGAAAAACUCUAAUGCAAGACAUCUGGGCAUCGGGAGUAGACUGGGACGAACCCAUCAGUAACGAACUAUGCGAACUAUGGCGGCGCUGGAUAGCACUUCUGCCGAAGCUGAACUCCAUUCGGAUUCCUCGCUGCUAUUUUACAGCAGCGGAUUAUCAGACGUAUUCGUCACUUGAAGUCCACGUCUUCGUGGAUGCCAGCAAGUCAGCUUACGCCAGUGUUGUCUAUUUCCGAGUAGAGACCGAGGAAGGCAUGAAGGUGGCAUUAGUAGCCGGAAAAGCGAAGGUUGCUCCGUUAAAAAUGAUGUCGAUCCCGCGAUUGGAGCUUCAAGCUGCUGUAUUGGGCACCCGAUUGCUCAACAGUGUCGUUGCAAUGCACAAUCUUGCUGUCAGCCGUCGCGUAUUGUGGACAGAUUCCCAGACAGUGCUUGCUUGGUUGCGGUGCGAUCACCGAAGAUAUCAACAGUUCGUGGGUUUCCGGGUAGCUGAGAUUCUAUCCACAACAGAUGUACAGGAGUGGAGGAAGAUAGAUACCGAGCGUAAUGUGGCGGAUCUCGCAACGAAAUGGGGCAAAGGACCGAUCUUCGACGAAAGUAAUCCUUGGUUUCAUGGACCGAAGUUCCUACUGGAACCAGAAUGUCUGUGGCCGACGCAGGAGAUGGUGCCGUGUACCACAAACGAAGAAAUUCGCCAUGUAGGCAUGCACGUGAUGCAGUCAACACUGCUUAUCGAAACCGGAAGAUUCAGCAGCUGGGAAAAACUACACCGCACCGCAGCGUGGGUUCAUCGAUUCGUAAACAACCUUAAAAGCAAGAAGCAAGGCGUUCAGCUGGAGUUAGGUGAACUGAAGCAGGAAGAACUAGCUGACGCAGAGAUCACUCUGUACAAACAAGCGCAGCAAGAAUAUUACACCGAUGAAAUCAUGCAACUCAGUGGAAAGGAAGAAGCGAUACAGUUUCGUCAUUCGGCGGUAUCCAGAUCCAGCAGAAUUUUCAAGCUGUGGCCGUUCCUGGAUCAGUUCGGAGUGCUGCGGAUGCGAGGAAGGAUAGGUGCAGCGCCACACGUGCCAUAUGCAGCGAAGUACCCCACAAUUCUACCACAGCAGUCUUCCAUCGCCUUUCUUUUGGUUGACAUGUUCCACCGUCGUUUCCGUCACGCUAAUAGAGAAACGGUCAUUAACGAAAUGAGGCAGGAGUUCCACAUUCCGAAGAUGCGUGCGCUGGUUGCGAAAGUAGCACGGGACUGCAUGUUCUGCAGGGUACGCAAGGCUGUGCCACGACAACCUCCAAUGGCUCCACUGCCGAAAGUUCGGUUGACACCGUUCGUGCGACCCUUUACUUACGUUGGUCUGGACUACUUCGGGCCAGUUCUGGUGAAGGUUGGGCGCAGCAAUGCCAAACGCUGGAUUGCGCUUUUUACGUGUCUGAGUAUACGGGCAGUUCACAUGGAAGUUGUCCACAGCCUGUCAACAGAGUCGUGCGUUCAAGCAGUUCGCCGAUUCGUCUCCUGCCGAGGAUCACCAGCAGAGUUCUUUUCUGAUAAUGGGACUAACUUCCAUGGAGCCGAUAAUCAGCUGAAGAAGGAGAUAGAGGAACGAAGUAGGAAACUUUCAUCGGUGUUCACUAAUUCCAAAACGCGUUGGUCCUUCAAUCCACCAGGAACGCCCCAUAUGGGAGGGGUCUGGGAACGAUUGGUACGAUCGGUGAAAGUAGCCUUAAAGUCCACGCUGGAAACAACUCGAAAGCCCAACGACGAAACUCUGGAAACGGUAAUCAUCGAAGCGGAAGGCAUGAUCAAUAGUCGACCAUUAACCUACAUUCCGUUGGAGUCAGCAGACCAGGAGGCGUUAACGCCAAAUCACUUUCUGCUAGGAAGUUCCUCAGGUGUCAAGCAGUUGUCAGUUCUGCCUACGGACUAUCGAACGACGUUGAGAAGCAGCUGGAACUUGGCGAAGCAUCUGGCCGAUGAGUUCUGGAGAAGAUGGAUCAGGGAAUACCUUCCGGUGAUUUCACGGCAAUGCAAAUGGUUCGAGAAUGUGAUGGACAUGAAGGAGGGAGAUUUGGUGCUGGUGGUGGACGGAAAAGUGCGAAGCCAGUGGACCAGAGGACGAGUGGAGAGAAUCGUGCUGGGAGCGGAUGGACGAGUACGGCAAGCGUUGGUUCGUACGAAAGGCGGAGUCGAUCGCAGGUCGGUGGCUAAUCUAGCGUUGCUCGACGUCGUGAAGGAAGGUGAUCCUGACCAAGAAGAUGGUAGCGGUUCACGGGUGGGGGAGUGUGGCGACGAGAACCUCCCCGCGAUGAAGAUGCCCUAA